AUGUCCUCCGACUACAAGGGCACGGAACUCGACGUCAAAGGAGUGAAAGUCGACGGUGCUCCAGACAGUCCUCGCGACGAGAGUAUACCCUCAUCUCCUACGGAUCCGAUCCGAGCCAAACCGCAAAGAACAUGGCAAUCCUACGUGUGGGACAGUUUGGACAAGUCUCCUGAGGAGCGAAGGUUUCUCUUCAAGCUCGAUGCAGCAGUGCUCACGUUCGCCUCGUUGGGCUACUUCAUCAAGUAUCUCGACCAGAUCAACAUCAACAAUGCCUUCGUCUCUGGAAUGAAGGAAGAUCUGGGCCUGUACAAGAACCAGCUCAACUAUAUGCAGACAUGUUGGACCGUGGGUUACGUGAUUGGAGAGAUACCGUCAAACAUGAUUCUUACCCGCGUCCGCCCCAGCAUUUGGAUACCGACCGCAGAGCUCGUGUGGACAAUCCUCACCUUCUGCACCUCGAGGUGUAACAGUGCCAGCUCCCUCUACGCCCUCCGUUUCCUGGUCGGUCUCGCCGAAAGCACAUUCUACCCUGGCAUGGUCUACGUGAUCGGUUCGUGGUACCGCCGAGACGAGCUUGCCAAACGAUCCUGCAUUUUCCACACCAGUUCGGCAAUUGGCAGCAUGUUCUCCGGGUAUCUGAUGGCUGGUGUGUACCAUUUAGGCGGGAAAGGUGGUCUCAAGGGCUGGCAAUGGCUCUUCGUCAUCGACGGGGUCAUUUCUCUCCCUGUUGCACUAUCCGGCUACUUCCUGCUUCCCGACGUCCCGGAAACAACGCGGGCAUGGUACUUCACGCCUGCAGAGCGCGAGUUUGCCAAAAAGCGCAUGGAACUCGAAGGUCGGGCCCAACGAGCGCCCUACACCAAGGCCAAGUUCAAAAAGAUCUUUACUUCCUGGCGCAUAUACUUCCUGACAGCACUGUACAUGCUGUUCAACAAUGCCGCUUCAGGCGUAGGCCAGCCAACUUUUGCCCAGUAUCUCAAGGACUCGACGAACCCCAAGUACACCAUCUCGCAGAUCAACGUAUACCCGACGACCACAUACGCCGUGCAAAUUGUCAGCACGCUCAUAUACGCUUGGACAUCGGACACGAUAUUCCGUGGCGCGCGGUGGCCGCCGAUCAUCUUUGGUGGUGCGGUCAACAUUAUUUGCUAUGCUAGUCUGGCUGCCUGGAAUAUCCCUGUCGACUGGCACUGGGCUUGCUAUAUCAUCGCUGGCUGUGGUGGUGGGCUGAGCGGGCUUUGCAUGGCGUGGGCACAUGAGAUCUGUUCCGACGACAAUGAAGAGCGCGCUAUUGUUACGGGAUCUAUGAACGAGAUCGCUUACGUCUUCCAGGCUUGGUUGCCACUGGUGGUCUGGCAGCAGGUUGAUGCGCCGCAGUAUCAUAAGGGAUUCGUCACGUCGGCUUGUUUAUCUGGCGCGCUGAUCGUGUGUGCGCUGGCUAUAAGGGUGCUUUGGAAGAGGGAGCUCGCACGCAAGAAGCUGAAAAACUUCGAAGCUUGA